CCUCAACACUUCAUAAUUAUUCCCAACACCUUUAUCAUUCAUUUGCCAAAUUACAUAAAUCUUUAUUGCAUUUCACUGAAUCACGUUUCAGUUUCUUUCGUCCCAUCAUCGCCGUCCAAUUCGUCGUCUCCAAAUCUCUCCAUUCAGGUAUUAAAAAGGGGGUAAAUAUGGGAGCUCUGAUAUCCAAGAUUUGGUUCAUGUUUCUUCCGGGAAAGGAUUACAAGAUUGUAAUUGUAGGAUUGGAUAAUGCUGGGAAAACGACGACGCUUUACAAGUUGCACUUGGGUGAGGUUGUAACCACCCACCCUACCGUUGGUAGCAACGUUGAAGAGCUUGUUUAUAAGAACAUUCGAUUUGAGGCAUGGGAUAUUGGUGGACAAGAAAGACUAAGAACAUCAUGGACAACUUAUUAUCGUGGUACUCAUGCUGUUGUUGUGGUUAUAGACAGCACUGAUAGAGCCAGGAUUUCUAUUAUGAAGGAUGAACUGUUUAGGCUUCUUGGGCAUGAUGACUUACAACAUUCGGUUGUCCUUAUUUUUGCAAAUAAACAGGACCUUAAAGAUGCCAUGACCCCAGCUGAAAUCACUGACGCUCUUUCUCUCCACGGCAUCAAGAAUCAUGAUUGGCACAUUCAAGCCUGCAGUGCACUUACCGGAGAUGGGUUGUAUGAUGGUCUAGAGUGGAUAAGCCAGCGGGUUACAGGCAAAUCCCCAAGUUGAAAUGGGGAAGAAAAUAACCAAGGAGAGGGUUUGGCAUUCACAUAAGGAGGGCUUCAAGGAUGGGAAAGAAGUUUUUUUUCUGUAUCAUGUAACUCUUUGACAGCCUUUCCUGAUAAAUCUGCAGAUUGCUUUUACAUUUUGAUUCAAUAUUGAAAAUAUGCCACUUCUACACAUUGAUGCAUUUAAUGAUAUGGAAAGAGAAGGAUCUUAUUGUA